GGGUAGCGCCAGCUGGAAUUUGUUGAAAUAUCGUGAUUGCGGCGCAGCGGUAUUAGCUUCGGGCAUCAACAACGACGGCAGAGAUGGAAAUGGAGACCAUGUCUGAUGGGGGGCUGUGGGAAACCCCUCCUACCCUGCAGCCCAUGCAGGCAGAUUCUGCACUUUUCAUCGUGACCUUGUAUAAACAGCAGCUGGUGGAGAUGCACGCGUUGCUGAGUCAAGAGUAUGGCAACCUACCAGAUGACAUCUUGUUGGAGGGAGAGGGGACCUACGAUGGGUGGGAGGAGGAACUGCAUGAGCAGAUCUCUCUUCGACAGGUGGAUGCGAAUGACAGAGCACAGGCGGUGAUUGCCCUAUACGAGUGUGCUGGGAUGCUGACGCAGGUGAAAGACAUGUUCACCGGGUUUCUAGCAAGGAGAGACGUGGGCGGUCCACCAGGUGAGUUGCUCUCAUCUGAAGGCCAAGAUAGCGUGACAUGGACAGCAUCAACAACAUCGGCAACAUUAACAACAUCAACAACAUCAACGACGGCAACAAGAGAAACACUGACAAUUACAACACCUACAAUAGUGACGUCACCAAUUAUUCCACUCUGUGUUCAGAAGCAGCGGCCAUCUGCGCAGGCGUGUGAUGAAUUGGGUGACGAUCACAUGGUUAAUGGAGUUUUGACGGACAUGGGAGCGGCGAUCCGGGCGCUUGCUGCGGAGGUUUUGUUGACUUGCGUUUCACAGUCUUAUGAACAGCCCGCUGAAGAUCAAAGGCAUUGUCAUCAUGGUGUGAUAAUGGCAGUUUGGCGGAGGUAGGUGAUGCGGUUCCCCCACUUGUUCUGAAAGUUUUUUUAACAAAUGAUUCGUCAUCUA